ACAUUUUGUACUGUGACACAGAGAGCAGAGCACUGUCCGCUGGACGGGUAAUUUUGCACUCUGGAUCAAAGGUAGCUCAGUAAUACAUUAGCCAUUAAGUUUACUACAUAAAGAAGCCAUAGCCUCACUUCUCCCAUAGUCCAGACAGACUCAGAGAUGAACUUGACUGCUGAGAAACACAGUGUUCCCCUCAGUGAUGGGAACCGGAUUCCCCUAUUUGGACUGGGGACUUAUGGAGACCCACGAACGACACCCAGAGGCACAGCGUUAAACAGUGUGAAGCAUGCAAUAGAUGUGGGGUACAGACACUUUGAUGGGGCUUUGGUGUAUUUCAAUGAGCACGAAGUAGGCCAAGCCAUAAGAGAUAAAAUUGAGGAUGGAACCGUCAAAAGAGAAGACAUCUUUUACUGUGGAAAGCUAUGGAACACCUUCCACCCCCCAGAGCUCGUCAGGCCUGCCUUAGAGAGGACACUGAAGGCCCUGAAACUGGACUAUGUGGAUCUAUACAUCAUCGAGAUGCCCACUGCAUUCAAGCCUGGUGUAGAGUUUUAUCCUAAAUAUGAGGAUGGGCGGUAUAUUUACCAUGAGACAGACCUAUGUGCAACAUGGGAGGCUUUAGAGGCCUGCAAAGAUGCAGGGCUGGUCAAAUCUCUGGGAGUCUCCAACUUCAACAGGAGACAGCUGGAGCUUCUACUGAGAAAGCCUGGCCUCAAACACAGACCUGUGUCCAACCAGGUCGAGUGCCAUCCAUACUUCACUCAGCCCAAGCUGCUUGAGUACUGCCGUCAGAAUAACAUUGUGAUCGUAGGCUACAGCCCCUUAGGCACUUCAAGGGACGCCUCCUGGGUGAACCUGAAAUGCCCUCCUUUGUUGGAGGAUGAGGUCCUGGUCUCCAUAGCAAAGAAGUACAGAAAGAACAGUGCUCAGGUGGCCCUGCGAUUCAAUGUCCAGAGAGGAGUGGUGGUCAUCCCCAAAAGCUUCAGCGCUCACAGGAUCAAGGACAACUUUCAGAUAUUUGACUUUUCACUCACUGAGGAUGAAAUGAAAGCAAUUGAAGGACUGAACAAAGACAUCCGUUUUGUGGAGCUUUUAAUGUGGAGUGACCAUCCUGAAUACCCAUUUCUAGAUGAAUAUUAAGCCUGGCAAUAUAACUCCAUGUAUUCCUGUACCCUUGACAAAUUCACUGAACAUGUUUCAUUUCUUUGUGUGGAACCAUACUGUAGUAGCCUACAUUUCUUUGGGUUAAUUCUGUCAUUUUGUGAGGCAGUACCCCUCAUCAAAAGACCACUAGGGGGCUCUACAUGACAAUGAAUGAAAACCAUUGACCAGUUGACACGAAAAAACUGUUUGAGAAAUCAAUCCCUAUUGCACCUUAGUUGUAUUUAACACAUUUUUAAAAGUAUAAUAACCGGAGACUGCUGAAGUAUCCCAAAUAUGCUGAAGUAUUCUGAUAUGUAACAAUAGUCUCAUAACACUGUUAAGACAUUCCUGCUCCUAGUGUUUGUUUAUCAAUCAAUAAAUGCACGUCAAGCUGACUUCUAAGUGGGAA